UUCUCUAUAUCUCUCUCUUCAAUCGCUUCGUUUUCUCCGCUUCCAUCACCACCAUCUCUCUUCUCUGCUAAUCAUGGCAACCUUGUCAACUGCCAAGGUUUCCCCUCAAUGCAUGGUUCAAACUGCAAGCAAAAAUCAAUCCAAUUUUGCUACCAUAGUGAAGUGCCCUGCUUCUUUCGGGUCUGUGAAGAGUGUUUCCAGAUCAUUCGGCUUGAAGUCAUCUUCUUCAUUUAGAGUCACUGCCAUGGCAUCUUACAAGGUUAAGCUGAUUGGCCCAGAUGGUCAAGAGAAUGAGUUUGAAGCCUCUGACGACACUUACAUCUUAGACGCAGCAGAGAAUGCUGGAGUUGAACUUCCUUACUCAUGCCGAGCCGGAGCAUGCUCUACCUGUGCUGGGAAGAUUGUUUCUGGUUCAGUGGAUCAGUCUGAUGGGUCAUUCCUUGAUGACAAUCAAUUGAAGGAAGGCUUUCUGCUUACCUGUGUCUCCUAUCCAACUGCAGACUGUGUAAUUAAAACUCACAAGGAAGGAGAACUCUAUUGAGCAAUGAUGGAUACUCUUCAAAACUCUGAUGCAGGGACUGGAAAUUUAAGGUAGACUUUGCCGCUUCUGCUAUAGGAUCAACCUUUCUUUUGGGAUUAUUAGUGAUUUGGUAUCAUGAAAUUUUGUUUGUUAAAGCAAGCUCUGUGAUAUUAUGAUAAGAACCUUCGUUUGGAA